AAAACCACAAGAUAUUUUAUACUCGCGGAGUGCAAUUUUGGAACAAGUGCAAUCAAGUUUAGAAGUGCAGCACUCUUGUAUUGUAUCGACAGCGAUUCUCUUUCGAUUUCGAUGAUGCUUUGGAGAAUCAGAACUGGAAACAGCUGCAAUGAACAAAUAAAGCUCUAAUCCAGCCAUAAAGUCACAGUCAGUGCCUGCGAAUAGCUUGGACAAUGCGCAUUAACCAUAGAAUUAAAACUUGUACGAUGACGGUAGUAAACCAAAGUACCUAAGUUACGGCGUUGAGUGGCAAGAAAGUAGCAAACUGUCUGCUUCAAAGCUAAAAGAGUAAGAUAUAAUUUAGGCUACAAGAUUGCAAUGGAUAACCUGUUAAGAAGCGAUAGCCUGGAAUCUUCGGUAUUGAGCGAAGUAUCCACCUACAACCAUCAAAGAAUUAGUGAGCUGUGGCUGAUAUUUUUAAACAGCGAUGGUGAGCAUGCCGACCUUAGUAAAAAUGGUGAAUUUGUCAUCAAUGAGAAAAAGACUGCAUGGUUGGAGCUAUUUCUAUAUGAGUUCGAUAAGCUUAGCGGCGAGCAGCGUGCACACUUCCACCGAUCAAACCUCUCGGAAGCACCAUCAUCCGUCUUAUCGCGACAAUUACUGCUAUUUAUUAACGAGAUCUGCGAUUCGGCGAACGGUGCGACCGCUGCCAGCAGACGUGCGGAGGAAAUCGACGGGCGGGCCUCCUCCGUCGCGUCUUCAGUCUCGUCCGCGUCUACCUAUGCCACGGCUCGGAGCGGAACUGAGUUGCACUUGGUCACCACUGUUUCACCUGCUGAUGGUGUCGGUGCAGACGACACUACACAACCAGUGGGUGGCACGUUGAGCUUACCCUCACUACUACUGCAUGAUAAAGACGAUAACAAAGUCACCAGCAGACCACAAAUUGAGACGGAAACUGACGAAGAUCAAUGUCAAACGCUUAGAAACUUUCUACUCGAAGGUAUCGGUGGGCGCAUUCUCAAAGCGUUGGACCAAAUAGGUGCUGGGGACAUCGUCAACGGUCGGGAAUUUGCGGACUUUCUCAUUGGAAUCUUACCUACUAAAGCCUGGCAUUGCUCACAUCAAGUUGAUUUAGAUUUUUCUGCAGAUUACAGCGAACACUUGCUGCGAGUGUUUAAAAUGCGUUCCCGCAAUGGCGACUGGCGGUGCAGUACACAGCGAAAUUCGCUGAAUCUUAGCACUUCACAAAUAGGUUACUGCUCAAGUCCACCGCAGUCACCCGCGCAGCGCUCGAUGGUUGCAACACCUACGCCAAGCGAUUUCAAAAGUUUCCCAUUAGCCAAUUUCGCCGACUACCGCAGCGAAUCGUUUGACGCUCAUGUUCACGCCACGUUUACCCAAGACCAGUUAACGCUCACAAUACUAAACCUGUUGGAGAGCCUUGUGGUGCAUGAGAAUAUCCUCACUAUCGACGAAAAGUCCGUUACCAUCAGUUGUCUAAGGAUGGCCAUUGAUCGAUUGCGCCAGCACGAGCUGCUGGAAGAAAAUCCACGCAAUCGACUAAUUUUGCGUCACAAACUACUUGGAAUUCUGAUGUUGGGUCUAAAUAAUCUAUUUUUCCUCGAUACGCUCGAAAGCGAUCAUGUUGGUUUGAAGCAGAUUGCCACCGAAGUGAUGAACUUGCUAAAAGCCGAACUGGAAAUUACCAGUCCGAACCCCAUUAGCUGUGAUUUUAUCUACAACCUUACCUACACGAUCGUAUCAACGGUUAACCAGACAUUUCUAAACUACACGGACAAUUUGGUCAGCGAGCAGUUUUUUCUAUCCAUUUUUCGAUUGCUGGAAAGCAAUUUAGAGAUAAUCAAACAUAUCUACAGUUUACUGCACGAAUCCAACUUUGGCUCCAGGCCCAAGCUCGUAGAGGUACUCUUAAAAAUGCUAAAAAAUUUUAUCACCGGCGUUGCUGCUGCCCGAACGAACUCGAAAAAGUCAUCCAAAGUGCGACAUCGAUUGCAUCACUCCAGACAGGAUCCUCGAACGGCAUACGUUUGCUCGCUAGAAAACAUCCUUCUGAACAUUUUCCCCAUCGUAAAAUACUCCGACCAGCGCACGCUGUUACAAUUCUUUGCUGAGAAUCAAAUUUGCUGCUGCAAUGCCACCAUGCGAACGCUGGAAGUUCUACUGACCCUUACUGAUGGCGAAGAGUUAGUACCGCGGAUUUGUUUAAACUUUGUCAAUCGUAGCAUCAUAAGUGCCAUCUUCGCUAAAACCACCUGCGAUAGCUGCGAAGGAGAACAAUUCAAUGAUCAUUUUUACGAUCGAUUUGCCACCGUUCAUCAGGACUUGUUCGAAGCGUACCGGCGACAGGAGAACCGUCGCCGGUUUCCAAUCCUUCUCAAAUACUUUCAGGAUGCACUUAAGAUUGUGCCGCAACGCCUAAGAAAGCAUAUUCUGUUCGAACUAGUGUUACCACAUUUACGGAUGGAGAAGAGCAACUUAGCCGACGGAAUGCUUGACGAUACGACGAAAGAAAUUAUCAACGGUUGUCUAAUGAUUGUGAGUCGCUGCUUGCGUGAUGUGACCAUGUUUGAAGCCUUUUUCGACAAUGAUAAUCGUGAAAUGUUGAGCGAUCUGUCGCAACGAGCCGAAUUCGUCUAUCAGGUGGGGGUGAUUUUGAAAACUGGCAUCGGAAAUCCCAGCAAGCAAGACGGUUUGGAAGAACUGUUAGUGAGAAUACUGUUGGACAAUUUGAGUGACCUAUCUGACUUUUUUGAAUAUUUGUUUCGGAUUUUGAAGAAAAGUGAUGUUCGGAUUAGUUUGAAAGAAAUCAGUGGUAAAAGUGAAGAUGUGAAGCUAAGCGGUGAACCAAUGGCUAGCGUUUUGCAGUUGUACGUCGAGCAUUGGAAAUUAGUGAAGCAUUUUCUGUUGGUGAAUGAGUAUUUUUAUACCUGUUUUGUUGAGAAAUUCAGCGAGAUUGAAAACUUUCUACCGCUAGUAUAUAAUUUGUUCAGUUUGCUGUUAUACCAUGGUAAAACUGAGUGCAGCAUAUCUUGUUCGGUAACGGACGAGUUGACGGAACCAAGUGAAAUAAUCGAUACGGAGAGACGGAGCAUUCUUAACAUUUUUCACUUUAGUGAUAAAUUGAUUGAUAACCAAUUGACCAGUGAGGAAUAUUUGUACAGUUGUAACCCGUCAUCUUCGAAUGUGAUAGAGCAAGGAAGUGAUUACCCCCUUCUGCCGGAGUUAGCCGCCGAUCGGAAUGGAGAGUCCAAGUUACCACCCACUAAUCCGACUAAUGGAAAGUUAGAGAAAAGUUGGUCCGUGAUGUUCAACAUUCGAAAUUUGCUUAGCGAUCUGAUGGAGGAAUACCUACCGGGCGGUGGCGAAGCAACGUUUCGGAACUACAACGAUUUGCCAGAACAGGCACGCCAGCUGCUCGCUACUAGUGGGUACGUUCGCAAACGAUUGACCACACUAGCGGAACUAAUACUUGGCGCAUUUCAGCUGCUUGCUAUCAAGAACAACCAGUUGGAAUCCGCCAUGCAGUCCGCCCUGUGUGAGCUGAAGAAACUAAUUCUCAGCGGUGCGCUUGAGAGCUGGGACUCGCCGGAGAUGACGAAAAACGUGAUGAAUGUGCUGCAAUCGUUGCUGAAAAUUUCAGAAGUGCGUGGCGCCGACAGUGGGAGCUUCGCUAUUUUCGAUGACCUACAGCCACAGAAUGAAUACUUUUUCCCAGUGCAAUCACCAGUUGGCGGGCGGAAGUCGUUCAGUGCCGACGAUGACAUCAGCUCGACCGAUGAGAGCUAUACCACUGCUUUCGACGACGGCUACGAGGGUGAUGUCGAAAAUGACCAUCUUAUGCCAUUGAUGGGUCGAAAAAGCAGCCUGCGAUCGAGAGAGAAUGGAUCCACUCGAGUCAACGAGAAUGUUUGUACACUCGUUUGCGAUAUUUUGAUCGAGCUUUCGAAAAAUUGUGCGGCGAACCCUCAAAACUGGUGUCCGGUACUCGCUCAAAUGGUUCUAAAAUUAAAUAGCAUCAAGGAUUAUCUUGGUGGAUCUCUUUAUCUGAUAAAUGGGUUUGCUCCAAUACUGGAAAAAAGUGAUUUGCAACUGAAAGAACUGCAGACCUCUGUCUUAGAACUGAUAACCGAUUUAGAGAGUCCCGAAGUGUUCUCUAAGUUUCUGCGACUGUUAAGCUACGAAGAUCCUCCUGUGCAUUUAAUCUUAACGAAAUUGUUGAACAUUGUCAAUACCAACUGCAAGUUAGAAUGCUACAAAGAGCUCCAGUUUCCUGAUCCCUGUGAUGAUGGAACACGUGCAUCGACCUGUGACGUUCUACUAUCGAAGAAAAUUAAUUACUUAAGCGAGCACCACCGGUUUUUUAACAUACGGUCUCCAUUCACGUGUUCGGCAAAAAUCGUCCCGCUGAAUUAUGUCAACUUUUCACCAUGGAAUGCAGAAGGUUUCACAGCUACCGCCUGGUUCCGUUUGGGAUCGGUUCAGCAGGACAGCAAUCGCCUCACGAUGACCCAUCUGCUUUCGGUGGGCAGUGAAAAGCAGAUUGUUUCGCUAUUUCUGAACCGCCAGAAGCAGUUUACAGUCCGAUUCAACAAACCAGAUCGAAUAAUAUCCAGUACCAGCACGAAACGCUACCUAGCGAAUGCCGUAGGAUUGACGUGCUGUGAAAAUUGUGCCAAAGAGUUGUCUCAUUUGUGGAGUUACAGAAAUUUUCAGCGGUCAGUUGAACCAGAAACACAGCUCUUUCGAAUAGAUACUGCCGGAGCACAAUGUGUGUAUUGUUACAAAUACCUUUCGGCGAACAAAAGCCCUUCCAGCAGUAGCCUGUCGGAUGAUUAUUUUUACGAUUUGCAUGCGCAACAGUACACAAUAAAGGAACUUCAGAUAUCGGAAGAUCGCUGGAGCAUGGUAUGUUUUUCCGUCCGUCAGCUAGAUACCACGAUAUCCAUUGUCGUCUCCCUGGAUGGCGUUCAACAGCAAAGUGUAUCAAUUAUCGACCCAUGCAAGAUCCACAUCGACACUACGUUGCCAAUACUUGCGAUUGGGCAUCGGAUAAGUGUCGAAGACGACGUUCCAUUGAAUUUUUCGUUAUCCAACAUUCAGCUGUAUAAAAAGUGUCUUACAGACAUUUCCGUAAUGACCAACAUGUAUGCUGCUGGGCCCAAUUGGAUUCGUUUGAAUAGUGAAAUAAUUCCAAAUUACGGCAUCCUGAAUCUUGCCAAGUUAACAAUUGAAGACCUUCAGCCGGGUGACGUAUUCCAGCUUCUUCACCGAUACCACGUGGGCUGUUUCGCAGCUCAUAAACCUGAUGUCUUUAUCUCAGCUAAACCUGGACAUUCGAAGAUUGCUCUCGGAAUGCUCAGCUUCUCACCUCAUUUAGUUCCGAAGGAAAACCAUUCCCUGCAGCGAUCAAUUCUGCUCUCAGGUGGUAUUAGUACCAUACUGUUUGCCUUUGCACGCAUCGUCGAGCUAUCGGAUUCAGCACACAUUCACGCCAACGGGUUGACCCUACUGCUACAGAUCGCUCAUGAUAACCAUGAUUUCUACAACGAAUUUAUCCGUCGUGAUCUUCUCGAGCUGGUGGGAAUUGUGCUCAAAAACAAAGCAUGUCAGAAAGAUAUUUGCGUUCUAGCGGCAUUCUUGGAAGCAGCCUUCGAUCAGCCAAUCCUUGCGCGACGCACCGAUACUUACUGUGUUCUGGUGAAUUCAAUGGCUAGAAUUCGUUAUCCCGAAAUCAUCACUUUCUUUUUCGAAAACUUUCAAAUAUGGAUUGAGCGUUCGGAAGAGGUUCUGAAUUUGGUGUUUGAUGUUCUGGUCGCUGCUACUCGGGACAAGCAUCCUGGUAUGAACUAUAACUGCAAACGCUUAGCGUCAGCUGGACUCGUCCCAACCUUGAUAGAUUUUUGUCGAGUUAAUUUUGUGAUUCCACCAAAAACGGUUAAAAUAUCUCGCUCAUCAGCCGACUCGUUGGUUGCCUUGAUAUCGAUUCUUUCGGAUACUCCACCGAAGAUUAGCUUACUAAAGGAAAUCAUUGAACUACUGCUUCUAAUGCACAAACCAACCGAUAGCUAUGUGACCCACGAUCGUCAAAAGUUCUAUUUCAAUAUAAACGCUCAAUUCACAACCAAGUCAGUAAAAAGCACAGAUAACAAGAUAGCUCAACGACUGAAUUUACGCGAAUCUCGGCUGAAAUACUCCCAACUGCGCAAGGCUAUUCCUUUGGCGUUAUCGAACUCGGCCAACAGCAGCUUCGAGUCGAGCACCAGUUUCAUUGAAAUGGGCCAGCUCGUUAGCAGCCCGCCCGCAACAUCGCCUGAUCCAAUUUCGUCGACACCACAACGCCGCUCGCCAAAUGCACCCGGUGUUGUUGGUAGUCCGCCUGAUAAUUAUGACAAAUUGAACCAAGCUUUGGCGGAUAUUGAAAUUCGAAGGCGAAGUUGGAAGCCUGACAAGAGCAAGGUUCGUCGUUUGCAAAAUACCGGAGGUCGUUCGUGUUCUUCGCCAAAGGAAACCGACUCGUCACCGAAGGUUUGCGUGCGGCUGGAACUACAACGGGCCAGUCAAUCGCUGCCAACGAAAUUCAAGUUCUUCGAAGAAAACUACUUCGGAACCGGCAACGAUUUCAUCCAGGAGAGCUUCCUACGCACGAUGUGUGACUUUCUGCUCAUCCUUCCGGAUCAGGAAGCGAAGCAAUUCUUCAGUGCCGACAACCAAAUCAUCGAGACGUUGCUGAUCCUGGCGAACAACUCGAACAUUCGCAUCCGUGCGGUGAUCAUCAAUCUGAUUGCGGUGAUCAGCGAUCGCACUUUGGGCAGCCCCUCGACGCCGCCCGCGCUUGGCUACACCGACGAGCAACUGAAGAUCUUCUGGCAUCACUUGGGCAAUCAGAUCGGGUCACACAGUGUCAACGUGGAGCUGGUGAACUGUUGCUUUCGCUGGAUAACGAAAAGUAACUACACGUUGACCCUGGAUUCGACAGCUUUGGAGCAGCGGAUUAACGUAGUGCAGGAGAGUGGUUUGAACGUGCUGCUGGCAAUUUUACCACAGUCACAUCCGGAACCGCGACUGUUUCAGUUGGUUUUGCAGCUAAUAGAUUGCAUUUGUGUUAAGCGCCCGAGAGCGGCUCAAUAUAUGGUGGAAAAUGGUCUUAUCGGGACGGUGGUAAAAACUGCAAUCAAAAUGUACGAGCGUGACGAGGGCGAACAGACCAGUAACUUCAAUAGCUAUCUGAAUUUUGUAACUAAUCUUGCCCACAGGGCGCUGAUGUCAACUAAUUUCAUCAACCCAUUCUGGGACUUGCAUAAUGGUUUGACGAUUGCGGAGAGGCACAAAAAUGCAAAAGUCUGUCGAAAUGUUCGCGACGUUCACGCUUUGCUGUACCGCAAUUUGCUACAAUUUUUCCUCUACCGUCCAACCGAGUCGAUUAUAGGUCAUAAGAAUAAUUCUUUCACCGUCGAUCUUCCGGGCAGCACCAUUUCGAAAACCGAGGUGAAAGCUCGAUUCAAUCAGAUACAGGAUAAAGCUGUUCAGUUUAUGACUAACUGUGAUGAUAAGCAUGUGGUGUCCGAGGCUGAAAUGCUCCUGAUCAAAAGCCUCAUGAAUCGUACACUGAACGGAAAUCCGCGCGGGGGGAACAUAAUUCUGUGGUGCUUACUUCCGAAGCGACCCGUCGGCCUCAAGAUGUACACCAUCAAACAACUCAGCCAGUAUGUCGACGGAGGAAAUUAUCUAUCUUGGAUCUGUGAACUACGAAUGCUCAAAGUUUUUAGUGAAAGUAUUCUUCUACUAAACAGAAAAGAACUGACGGUGGAAGAUCAAAGCUACGUCGAAGGUUUCUGUCAGAAAAUCGAAGGAGCGCACGGUAACACCUGGACCUUACCGCAGAUAUUGGAUGACUUUGAAUAUUUGCGAACAAUGAACCAAAGCGAACAGGAGCAAGCAAUCAUGAAGUCAAUAAACAAGCAGGAUAAGUUGAUUCACUCGUACACGGUUGCAGCAAUGGAGAUAACGAGGAAUAUUGUUGAGAAGCAGAAUCGAUUGCGUAAAGAGCUGCUUUCGCAACUCAAGAAGGAUAACGAUUUCAAGUUCUUCAACCAGUGGAGGCAGAUCAUCGAUCAGAUGACUCAUGAGGAUGCCCCUUGGUACAAUCCGAAGCUAUAUUCCAAUUCCUGGGAAGUGGACGAUACGCAUGGUCCGGAUAUGUCGCUGAAGCGAAUGAAGCGCUGUCAUCUCACCGUGGAUCAGAAAUUUCUGCAGAAAGACUUUCGCACCGACAACUAUGAGGGUAAACUUCCGAACCAGUUGUUGUCCUAUUUGAUACCGCAGAACCGUAGUCAGGAAUUUUCGAUGGAAAACCAAGUUCUGCACACGUCGCGUGUGAGACAAAUUUCGCCUAAGCAGGAACUGGACAGUGAGUGCAUUUUGACCGGCACGGAGCUUAUGUUGUGCCCAAGUACGGGUGAUCUCGAUAUCUAUGAUCUGUGCAGCAUUGCGAAAAUCUGGAAGAAACGCUACCAACAUGAAGAAACGGCGGUGGAAAUAUUUCUUAGAAGUGGACGGUCAUUGUUUUUGGUGUUCGAUGUACGGCUGGAACGAGAGAUUUUUGCUGGGUUUUUCGAGGAUCUCGUUCAACGAGAAGGCCGCCAGGAGUUGGAAGCGCAUACACAACAGUGGAAAGAUGGAUGGCUUAGCAAUUGGGAGUACCUGAUGUACCUGAAUCACAUUGCCGGUCGGAGUUAUCAUGAUCUCAUGCAGUACCCCGUAUUCCCAUGGAUACUGUCCGAUUACGAAGGUAGCCGGUUGGAUUUGCUAGUUGAAAAGAGCUUCCGCAAUUUGGAAAAACCCAUAGCAGUUCAGUACAGCGAGCUGGAAAAGCACUACAUAAACAACUACAACUAUCUAAAGCAAACGGAAAACGAUUGCAUGAGUAGGCAAAAAAUUAAACCAUAUCACUACAGUUCGCACUACUCUAACUCCGGAACGGUACUGCAUUUCCUGGUACGAAUGCUUCCGUUUACGUCGCUAUUCCUUCACUAUCAGGACAACAGUUUUGAUAUUCCGGACCGAACUUUUCACUCACUUGUGACCACCUGGAACCUCGCGAGUAAAGACUCGCCAACGGACGUGAAGGAGCUUAUUCCGGAGUUCUACAGUUUUCCGGAGUUCUUGGAAAACUUGGAAGGGUUCGAUUUUGGAGUACGGCAAUCCGGUGAACCCGUCAACCAUGUAGAACUUCCGCCCUGGAGUCAUCGCUCGGCGCGACUGUUUAUUCUGAUCCAUCGUCAGGCGUUGGAGUGCGAUUACGUUCGCAAGCACCUAUCGCACUGGAUUGAUUUGAUCUUCGGCUAUAAGCAAACCGGUUCCGCCGCAGUUGAUUCACUCAACGUUUUCCAUCCGGCUACGUAUGCCAACUUCAACUCUUCCGGUAUUGACGACCCGGUGGAGAAGUUAGCCUUGGAAACUAUGGUUAAAACUUACGGCCAAAUGCCACGGCAAUUGUUUGAUGCUCCGCAUCCACAGGCAAUACUGUCGCUUCCGAAUGCGCGAUGUCCGGAAGUGUUGGAUAGCGUUAGCGGGCUAAAGUGGGGUCUCUACAGCGGGUCCCCAGCUUUGCCGGUACCAAAACUAACGGAUCUUAGAACGGCUGCAACACAGUUGGCCACUUUGGUACAGCUAAGCGGGAAUAGAAUAGUUGGAUUGCCCGCUUGUACAAAUAUUUAUCAAGCACAGCAAUCAAAAAGCCAUUACGUGAUAGAUUGGGGACAAAUCGACGGUGUAAUUCACUACCGAUCGGUGCAUCAAAGUGAUGUCAGAUCGCACGAGUUGGUUUAUAAUACCUCUGUGGAUCCAAUAACGGCAUGCGGUAGUGAUCCCACCAGUCACGACCUCUGGUUCGGACAUCGCUCGGGACGAAUUGCCGUCUUUCAACAGAAACUCGAACAAAAAGUAUCUUUCUUUAACCCUAACAUCCGACCAGCGGUUACAAGAUCUCGCUCGAGCUCCUUCCGACGUUGGAUUGAUAGAAAGAGCGCCACCCUAAGGCGCAAAUUGGAAGGUGAUGAGGAUGGGGAUGAAAGCAAUGAAGCAAACGUUCCCAUCAAGUGGAAUUUUCCGAUCAUUUUGAUCAAGCAUAAGGCAGAGAUCACAGGCAUUGCAAUAUCUGUCGAGUUUAAAAUUGUAGUUAGCAUCAGCAUGGAUGGUAGUGCAGCUAUUUGGGACUAUAAUAAUUUGAGUUACGUUCGGGAAAUACCACGCCCCGUAAACAUGCUUAGUUCGAAGAUAAGUUUGGUCGCCAUUAGUCCUACGCUUGGCGACAUAAUUACUGUGCACUCACGAUCGGAGUCGACCGUACGCUUGAAUCGAUCCAGUGAGUCGUCCACCUUGGUGGACGACGAGAGCUUCGAGGUCACCGAAAACUACAACCAAGACUACGUGAACGUCACGAUGGCAUCCGACCGGGAUCAGCUGAGACUGCACACGGUCAACGCAGCAUACGUGGAACACGUUUUCAUGGAAUGCCCGGUACAGUCGCUCUGCUAUACUGCCAUCAAGGAAGGCUGUGGAGUCAACUGCAUCGCAGUUUGCUUAGACAGCGGAACAAUACGCCUGUACAGCAGUUGGAAUUUAGCUCUGGUUCGGGAAAUAACAGUCAAUCCGUAUGACACGUUUGGAAUCAGAAGCUUGAUUUACUCACGUAAUCACCAGCUGGUCGUGCUCACGACAGGUAAUGUAAUUCAGGCAUGGAAAUCCGAAGGACUCCCCGGAGCAUCACCGCAGAUAUUAGAAUUACCAAUUCGUCGUUCGGUGGGUUAAACAAGUAAGAAAAAUCUAUCGUCUUACCCACAAACUGUGAUCAGAAAUGUACUUCGAAAGUUUAUUUUUAAAUAAUAUUGAAUCAAGAGCUUUAUAGGAAUGUUUUCAUAGUU